UUAAUCUGAAUAAUAUUUCUAUAUAUGAGGGAUCGGUUAAAUCCGGUAGGUCGAGGAUGAAAAGUAAAUUUCGUUAUCUGUGUCUGCUUAUUCUCGUGUCAACGAGUUUUACAGUGAUUAUGGAGCCCAAAGAGCAUAUUACUUUGGAGAACGAACAAUCGUAUAGCUUUAAUGAAGCUUUCGGCACAUGUCUGUCGAAGAAGGAACAUGGCACAUUCGAAUGCGUAAACCGUGGUGUUUUAAGUGCUUUACAAUCCUGGCACGAUAAAGACACUCUAGAAUUUGGAAAAGUGCGAUUGGAUCGAGCGGAAGGCUACGGCAGAGAUUUCUUGGAUUUAGAUUACGAUCCAAAAGAUUUUGGAAAUAUCGUGAAAGCAGCCGCCAGAUUAAUGGAACGCCGAAACAUUAAGUGGAAUUUGGAUAAUUUAUAUCCAGGAUUGCAGAUGCGCGUCGGACCAAUGUUAAACGGAGAUGGAAUGCUGGAAUUUGUUCUCAACGAAAGAGCUGCUUCGUAUGACGACAGGCAGUCCAGCGGUCCAGGAAGACAAUUGACCAGACACAUAUUACUGCCAUUUCUCUUGGGUUUCAAGUUCAAUUUGGCAUCUCUAAUUCCUCUAUUGUUUGGUUUCCUGCUGAUUGUGACCAAGAAGGCCCUGUUACUGACGAAGGUGGCGCUGUUUCUAAGUGGUCUUUUAGGAUGGAAUACACUCGUUUCCGGAACACCUCCUGCGUCUUAUCCGGCAAACGCGUUCAAUGACUUUCAUGCUUAUGGACACGGAAUACCGUCAGGUGUUUAUUCUCAUUAUGAACAUCAUUUUCCGCAACGACCUUACAAAACGCUACAAGACUAUACACCUUACGAUCAUCAUGUAAUUAGAGAAGUUGUCAAUGUUUACGAAGGAAAUAAUGACUCGGGGCAAAAUAGACAAAAUGCAAAGAAUUUCGUUUGGACAGUGACCGCCAAAAGUGAAUAUGUAAAACUGUUCGAACGGUGCACGAACGAGAAGAACACCUUCGAUUGCUUCAAACGGCGUGCCUUAGAGAUUCUUGACACGGCGAUCAAAGAUAAUUCUGUAUAUAAGAUUAAUGACUACGUUUCAAUCACCAAAGAUGCAGCAACCGCGAGAAAUUACAACCCGAUGGGAUCUGAAAAUGAUACACAGUUAACUCUUGAUCAACAAUUGGAUGACAAGUUUUACGAAUUUGUAUCAUCGAGAAGCGUAAAGCUGACAAUACCGGGCAAUGCUUUUGAAGGCAGAAAAAAGAAGGGUAGACAUGGAUAUCUAUUAAUAGCAGGUGCCGUGUUAGCAGGCAUGAUGGCGCAAUUAGCUUAUGGAAAAAUAGCUUUCCUCGCCGGUACAGCUUUGCUGACAGCGAAAAUGGCUUUAGUUUUAAGCGCAAUAGUUGGCUUGAAAAAGCUCGUAUCGAGCGGAGGUGGUCAUGAAGUAAUCUAUGCGACAGCAUCCGAACAUCACGGAGGCGGUGGCGGUGGUGGAUACGGUGGCUGGCAACGAGCAAUGGAAUCGAGAGCGCCCGCGAGUUUCGGGACAUCCAGGAUGUCGGCGAUUAAGAAUUUAUCCAAGUGCGUGCUGCUCUUGUUGGUAUGCAGUGCAACUAUUCGAGCGGACGAGGACGGCGGAUUCCUCGACCGAGGAUACCGUGCGCUUUAUCGCGUCUACGAGGAGUGCGAGCAUCGCAACAUGGCCGUGUCGCCGUGUUUGAAGAAGAAGGCGAUCGCCUUCUUCGAGAGGCUCGGUCGCAUACAGACCUUACCGAUCGGCGACAAUCUCGAGCUGGUCAGAGUCGCGUCCAUUGAGGACGAUAGCUCCAAGAGCUCCGAUCUGGAGAAGACCUUGGCCAGAACCGGAGGUGCCACGGACGAGAUCCUCAACGAUAUUUUGUUCGAGCGCGUGGCCGCGCUGUUGAACAGUUUCAACGUGCAGAUCAGCUUACCAAAGACGAAUUCCGGCGAGUUAAAGCGGAGCGUCGAGGAGGGCCGCGGGAAGAUGAAGAAGAUGAUGGGCAUGAUGAUGAUGGGAAUGGCGAUGAAGCUUGCCGCGCUAGUUCCCAUCGCCAUAGGCGUACUUUUCCUCCUGGCUGGCAAGGCGCUCAUCAUCAGCAAGAUCGCCUUGGUGCUGUCGUUGAUUAUCGGAUUGAAGAAGUUGCUGAGCCAAAAGCAGAGCCACGAUCAUGGUGGCUGGCAGCAAGGAGGCGGUGGCUGGGAUAGGAGUCUAAAGGGAAUCAUAAACAACACACCUGUUCCAUUAAUGACAGAGGCAGACCGCAAGUACGCUCAGAAUUUGGCGUACGCAGGCGCGCGGCAGCAGCAUUGAACCAAUUAA